AUGUACGUGGCCCGGAAGUCGUUAUACGACCUCAUCCGAGGCCUGAGAAAUCACAAAGGCAACGAGAAGGAAUAUGUGCAGAAUUGCCUGAAAGAAUGCCGUGCCGAAAUCCGAAGCCAGGACUUAGAUCUCAAGGCGACUUCCCUGCUGAAGCUGAUAUACCUGGAAAUGUUCGGCCAUGACAUGUCGUGGGCUUCCUUCAACGUUGUCGAGGUCAUGGCCUCCGCGAAAUACCACCAAAAGCGAGUUGGCUAUCUCGGUGCCAUCCAGAGUUUCGGUCCCAACACCGAGGUCCUCAUGCUAGCGACAAACCUUCUCAAGAAGGAUUUGACCGCAGCCUCGACGACUACCAUCGCUCUGCCGAUCGUGACCCUUCCACAUGUCAUCACCCCGUCUCUCGCGCUCUCCGUCCUACCCGACCUUCUACCACGGCUCAACCACACUCACCCUGCCAUCCGCAAGAAGACUAUCGUCACAUUAUACAGGCUUGCCCUGGUUUAUCCCGAAACUCUACGUGCGGCGUGGCCGAGAAUCAAAGAGAGGCUUAUGGACAGGGCCGAGCACCCGAGCGUAACUGCGGCGAUAAUCAACGUCAUAUGCGAACUUGGAUGGCGCCGGCCACAUGACUUUCUUCCGCUUGCGCCCCGGUUAUUCGAAUUGUUGGUUGAUAGCGGUAACAAUUGGAUGGCAAUAAAACUAAUCAAGCUAUUCGCCAUAUUGACACCUCUUGAACCGAGACUGGUUCGGAAACUGCUGCCGCCGUUAAUGGAGAUCAUUCAGACCACCCAUGCGAUGUCACUGCUAUAUGAAUGCAUAAGCGGGAUUAUCCAGGGCGGUAUACUUGGUAGCGGCGAGGAUGCGGAGGGAAAAGAAGAAAUCGCAUCUCUCUGCGUCAACAAACUCCGAGGCAUGAUUAUGGUAGAUGGUGAUCCGAACUUGAAAUAUGUGGCCCUGCUGGCGUUCAACAAGAUAGUCCUCACUCACCCGUGGCUCGUGGCGCAGCAGGAAGAUGUCAUUCUGGAAUGCAUAGACAGUACUGAUGUCUCCAUUCGUAUAAAGGCAUUGGAUCUGGUGCAGGGUAUGGUCAGUAGCGAAAAUAUAGUCUCUAUUGUCAGUCGCCUUAUGAGGCAACUGAAGGCGUCUUCCUUGGGAGACCGGGGGGAUUCCGAGGAUGAAGACUUGGAGAGGACAAUCAAUUCUGCACCCAAACCGCCAAACCCGACCCUUCCACUCCCGGAUGACUACAAGGUUGAUGUGAUCAGCAGGAUAUUGAAUAUGUGCUCUCAAAACAACUACGAUCAUCUAACCGACUUCGAGUGGUACAUUGAUAUUCUGACCCAACUUGUCCGGACCGCCCCGAUACCACGGCCCAUUAGCGACGUAGACUCCCUUCCUCGACGCGCGACAUUGAGCGAAGGUGAUAUCUCGGAGAGGAUAGGGAACGAGCUGCGAAAUAUUGCCGUCAAGGUCCAGGCUCUUCGCCCCUCCUGUGUUCGAGCCGUCGAGGAAAUCCUGUCCCAAUUAAAUAACGACGCACCGGUUGGGCACCAUAUCGUUGCCGGUGCACUCAAACCGGUCGCUUGGAUCGUCGGGGAAUUUGCUUCCGAAUUAUCCUCACCAGAUGAUAUUCUCGGCGUUUUGCUGCAACUCGUCCCAAAAGCCUCUUCCCCGGAGUCUCUAGCGGCCUGUCUUCAAGCAGUCAUGAAAGUCUUCUCCUUGAUCUCGGGAGACCAACUGGCCCCUUGGUCCCCCAAGCGCAAAUCGCAAAUCUCGCUACUAAUGGCUCGCAUAAUCCAUUCCUUUGAAGGCCUGAUACUACACCCUAACCUAGAAGUUCAAGAACGUGCAGUGGAAUUCACAGAGCUCCUGAAGCUGACCGCUGAAGCAGCAUCCGGCCAGGAAGCUUCAAAAGAAGAUACUUACCAAGAUCCCCCAUUGCUGCUCACACAGGCAAUACCAUCCUUAUUUGCUGGGUGGGAACUGAAUUCGGUCGCAUCAGCUGCUCAGAAGAACGUCCCGCUCCCGCAGGAGCUAGACCUCGACGAGCCCAUAAACCCGAACCUCAACUCCCUACUCGCGUCUGCCGAAUCUAUGUCGAUCCCGGUUAGCGAAGAGGACGAGUUCGGGAGUUACUACUACCAACGACCACCUGCUACCAGCAUAGCCUCAGAGCCGGCUAUCAAUAGGUUAGCGGAGAGCCGUGACGAUGUCUCUGGUUCCUCCUACCAGCAGCCUAGUGAGGAGACGUACUUGGAUGCGGAUAUAUUGGCAAAGCGGAAGGCCGAGAGACUAGAGAAGAACCGUGACGACCCGUUCUAUAUACUGGAAGGCAAUCAGAUCCAAAGAUCUUCAACCCCGAUCCACAAUAUCCUCCAGAGUUCCAAUGGCCCUGACCUAGAUGUUGACUCAAUCCCUAUCAUGGAGCUCGACCUCGAUAAACUUGGUGCUGGUGUCGACAAACCCCCGCCUCGGACAUCCAAGCCGAUCCACAAAACACCGCGACAGAAGAUCGUCAUCGCCGCAGACGAGAACUUGGGCAACAGCGGCGUGAGCACACCAAGGAAUUAUGACUCCGAAAACAGCUCGGACGCUCACACGAAGUCCCGGGGUAAGAAGCCCAAGCAGUCCCUUUUGGGUGUGGACUCGACAAAAAUCGGUACGCUCAACCUAGAAGACGAUCCGAGCGGCCGGGGUUACGAUCCGGAGGCCCAACGGCGCGACGAAGCCGAGAUGGCGCAGGCCAUGAAGGAGGUCGAGAAACUACGCCUAGAGAUGCAGCGGGCCAACGAGCGAAUACAGGUGGCGCAGGGUGUCGACGCGGCGGGUACUGUGGUCAAGAAGAAGAAGGUGGCGAAGAAGCAGAAGGUGACUGAAGGUGACGACGAGGGCAACACGGUCAAGCCCAAGGCUAAGAAGAAGAAGAAGAAAACGACGGCUAUAGACGAAGGGGGGAAUGAGGUGCCUAUAGAUGGGGCAGCCAAGCCGAAGGCGAAGAAGAAAGCCAGGCCGGUUGAGAUUGCCGAGGGCUAG